GCAUGCCGCUUAAAGUUCCGAGGUUGCAGCCCCACUAUCGUGCACCCCGCUACGGUCGAUGGGCUGUGAGCAUUCACAGACAAAGUUUCGAGCCGCCAGUGAGAUUGCAAAUUCAUUGAAUCUCUUCAGAUUGAAAGCGGAGAGAAAUUACGGAUCGGUAGGUGGUGUUAUGAUUUCUGCAAUCGUUUGAUUCAGGAGCAGUUCAUACAACUCGUCAAGGCAUCUGUUUCUAAUACAUCAAAUUUACACAUGGCCAACUCAAAAUUUGAAUAUGUCAAGCGGUUCGAGCAACCGGAUCAACUGCUUCCCAAUACAUGGAUUGUAGUCCGACUUGAUGGACGAGGAUUCACAAAACUGUGCGCAAAGUAUGGCUUCGAGAAGCCAAAUGAUCGCAGGGCAUUGGAACUCAUGAACAUGGCGGCUAAGGCUGUUAUGACUGACCUGCCCGAUAUUACGAUUGGAUACGGGGUCAGUGAUGAGUACAGUUUCGUAUUCCACAAAACUUGCUCCUUGUUUGAAAGAAGGGCAAGUAAACUGGUGGCCACCACCGUCUCUACCUUCACUGCCUACUACAUUCAUUUCUGGCCAACUUGUUUUCCAGACGUGCCCCUAUCAUCGCCACUACCCAGCUUCGAUGGGCGGGCAGUAUGCUACCCGAGCGUGCAAAACUUAAGAGACUACAUGAGCUGGCGUCAAGUUGAUUGCCACAUCAACAACCUCUACAACACGACGUUUUGGACCUUGAUCCAACUGGGGGGCAUGGAUGCCAAAGAAGCGGAGAAGGCACUUGCUGGAACCCUUUCAGCCGACAAGAACGAAAUCAUGUUUUCCAGAUUCAACAUCAACUACAACAACGAGCCUGAGAUAUUCAAGAAGGGAAGUGUUGUGUUUCGAGAUUAUGAACUUGUCGAACCGGGAAGCCACAUCGUUGCUGAGGAAGCCGAUGACCUGGCUGAGCCUGUGCAGCAGUCCAAAACUCAACAGGAGACGGACAAGAAGCGAAGGGCAAAGGCUCGUGUUUUGGUGGACCAUCUGGAUAUCAUUAAGAAUGACUUCUGGGAUAGGCGGCCGUGGCUGCUGUCGAACAAACCUGGCAAGAUUCCGAAGCAGACUUGAUAGACCUGAAUCAUGGCUCAAGCUACCUGGCUCCUGAUAUCGGUGAUGUGACGGUAACGCGAUCGCUGUGACCUAAGCCCGGCA